AUGGAUGAGAAUGCACGAAAAAAAUACUGUGGCCUCUUAAUGUUUGAUGUUCCGACACCUUCAUUUUCUAAGUCAAAUAGGAAGUCGGCUUCCCAGCUGACUAUUGAUUCUACGUCAUCUUUGGAAAAUAGUGACAUUCGUACACAAGAUAGAUUUAUCUUUACAUCAUUCUUGGAGCCAAUGAAGGUUAAUCCGCAGCCUUCUAAGAAUACACCAACAAAAAAUAAACAAGUUAUAAAAGAACCUUUGCACCAAAAAGGAAGAAAUCAUCGACCUCUAAAUUCGUUUCUUUUAUAUAAACAAAAAAAACAACAAGUAACUUACAAUGAUGUUUCAAAUGCAGAGAUAGCAAGAAUUCCAUCAAAUCUCUUGCAAAAAGAGCCAGAAGAGCUCGGACUUCAUUGGCAAAAUGUAACAUAUAAAAAACAAAAGGAUUAUAUGCUAACCUAUCCGGAAUACCGGUAUUACCCUAAGUUAAAAAAUUUUUCCGAUCAGACAGUGGAGGCCACAGAUUUGAAUGAAUUUCAAAAUAUGUUCCCCGGAACACAAACUAACGACAAUAUGUACACACUCUCUUCUGAAUAUAUGUCAAUUCCUUGGGUUUAUGAUCACCUUGAAACACCUAAUUACACAACAUUGCCAUCAAUUUUUCCAAAAGAUGAUGAUAGAUAUUACAUCAACACACAACCGCCAAUCCAAACAACUACAUCAAUUCCCUACCCUUACCAGGAUAAUAUAUAUCCUAACUAA